GAUUGAUGAAAAAUGUCAUUGUUUUGCCUGAUUGUAGGAGUGAUAUUAAGGUAUAAAUGUCCACGAGGAACAGAGAUGAGUAACUUUGUGGUCAUGAACAAGGACAAAGUGGCUAAGAGGAUCCUGGAUCUUACCCUGGAGAUCAUCCACCUACUGACUGGAGAGGAUUAUGUUUUUGUUAAGAAGUCUGGUGACGGUGUAACACAUAAGAAUGGUCUCCAUGUGUCAGAAAGUUCCUCCAAGACCCAGAGCCCCAUCAUGGUGUUCACACCCCACUAUCUGAUCUACGAAAGAAACAAUGGUCAGAAGAUCCUAGAACUGACCAAUCAGAUCAUUGAGCUGCUGACUGGAGAGGUUCCUAUAAGGUGUGACGAUGUCACUGUCUAUUUUUCCAUGGAGGAGUGGGAGUAUAUAGAAGGACACAAAGAUCUCUAUACAGCCGCCCUGAUGGAGAAACACCCGCAGCUCAGCUCAGUUGAUGAAUCAGUCGGAAAAAUAUUAGGAUUUCACACCAACAUUUCAUCAGUGGACUGUUUAAGUUUGACUAAAAACAAUCUAGGUCCAGGAAGCUCUAGCACAUAUACAUCCAUUAUGCAGAAUAGAAAAUGCCCUGUAAAGGUUAUUCAGGAAGCAGACACAUGUGAAGAAAGAAAUUCUGUGUACACCAAAGUUUAUACAUCCACAGAACAUACAAAGAUAGAAUAUCCAUCAACUUAUAUAAAGGAGGAACCAGUCUUGUGUAAAGAAGAAAAUCUCCCAGAUAUUUGUACACUCACCGACCAUCCGCAAACAGAAUAUCAAUCUACUGUUAUUAAGGAGGAAACCGCCUCAUAUGAAGAAGGAGAUAUUACAGACACGGACAUUGAUACAUCAACAGAAUAUACAUUGGUUCAUAUUAAGGAAGAAGUAUGGGAGGAAGGAAAUGUCAUGGACAAUGAUGUUUCUACACAGACAGAACAUGCAGCUACUUAUAUUAAGGAGGAACCGGUGUCAUGUGAAGAACCAAAUAUCCUAGACCUAUAUACACACACAGAACAUACGGAUAGAGAGUAUACAUUGACUCAUAUCAACCAGGAAUCAUUGUCCUGCCAACAACUGAACAUCACAGAGGUUGAAUGUCAUAAAAUCACAGAACAUACAGAAUUUCCUCUUACCGUGUAUAACAAUACUACAAAGGGUGAAAAUAGCAUUCUGUCCAUAAAUCAAGGUAGUAAAGUUGAUGCAAAUUAUAACAGUAAAUUAAUUUAUCCUGCACAUAUGAGGGCUGAUGGUACGUAUAACUGCCAUGUGUGCGAUAUUUGCUUUACUAGUAAAAUCGAUCUCCGGAAACAUCAAGUUGUUCAUAAAGGAAAGAAGCUGUCUUGCUCUGAAUGUGAAAAAAAAUUCUCUUUCAAAUCACAGUUGAUUAAACACCAGAUAAUUCACUCUGGAGAUAAACCAUACUCGUGCACUCACUGCGGUAAGCGCUUUGUUCAAAAAUCAGACCUUAUUCCACAUCAAAGAAGUCACACUGGAGAAAAGCCAUUUUCCUGCUCAGAAUGUGGAAAAUCUUUUACCCAGAAAUCUAACCUUGUUAGACAUCAAAAGACACACACUGGUGAGAAACCCUUCCCGUGCUCAGAGUGUGGCAGCCGUUUCACUCAGAGAUCAGAACUUCUUAUACACCAGAGAGUUCACACAGGAGAGAAGCCGUUUGCUUGUUCUGAAUGCGGGAAAUGUUUUUCUCACAAAUCUGUCCUUAUUAAGCACCAAAUUAUUCACACUGGUGAUAAGCCAUUUGCGUGUUCGGUGUGCGAAAAGUGUUUUGUACAGAAAUCAGAUCUUAUUAUCCAUCAGAGGAUUCACACAGGAGAGAAACCAUUCUCCUGCUCUGUAUGUGCAAAAUGUUUUUCUCAAAAAUCAGUCCUGGUUAAUCAUCAAAAAAUUCACACUGGUGAGAAGCCGUUUUCAUGUUCCGUAUGUGGAAAAGACUUUGUGCACAAAUCAGAUCUUAUGAUACAUCAGCGAAUUCAUACCGGAGAGAAACCAUUUUCCUGUUCACUAUGUGGGAGACGAUUUAAGCUGAAAUCACAUCUCGUCUCACAUCAGAAGUUUCAUACAGGCGAGAGACCAUUCACCUGUUCAGCAUGUGGGAAAUCUUACACUCUGAAAUCGCAUCUUGUCGCACACCAAAAAGUUCAUGGAAUAGAGAAACCGUUUACAAGCCCAGAAUGCAAUUCAUUUCCAACAUACUUCGAUGACUGGGGCUCAAGUGUUCCAGUCUUGUCCCCUUGCAGCGAGGAAGUGGAAAAGGCGGAGGCUCUACGAGGCUCUUGGCAGAGCUGCUCUCUCUGGCUCUCAUUGGAGAAGAAAGUGCUCAGUCCAGGUUCAGCAUGUGGUGUGCUGAUGCAAUUCCUUCCUCAAGGAAUCAUCGUAACUGUGAUAAUGAACAAAGACAAGAAUAAAGUGGCUGAGAGGAUCUCUGAAUUCACCCUGGAGAUCAUCUACCUGCUGACUGGAGAGGAUCAUGUGGUUGUGAAGAAAUCCAGUGACUGUGUGUUAGGAGGAUCUGACAGCACCCACAGGACCGUGCCUCCACCUCGCUCACUGCUACAAAUGAGAAACAAUGAGCAGAAGAUCCUGGAACUGACCAAUAAGAUCAUCCACCUGCUGACUGGAGAGGUUUGGCAGUAUUUAGAUGGACACAAGGAAUCUCACAGUGAUGUGAUAUUGGAGAACCGCCAGCCAGUCAGCUCACUGGAUUUGUCUAAAGUCAAGACGACUUCUAUAACAUUUCAAACUCGUAUUUCUUCACCAUCUCAUCUAAACGAAGAAAAAAGUAUAUCUGAAUGUAAUUCAUCAACAAUUUUUAAUUCCGGCUCAGAGAAUUGUGAGAGGGAUAUUUCUGACCCAUCAGGCCAUCUCGUCAAAGACAAUUUUACAGAUAUUGACAUUUAUACGUCAUCAGACCAUAUACAGACAGAAUAUCCAUCUACUCAUCUUAAAGAUGAUUUAUCAUCAUGUGAAGAAGGAAAUCUCACAGACACAGACAUGUACACACCCACAGAACAGACAGAAUAUCUAUCUACUCUUAUUAAAGACGAAUCUUCAUCAUGUGAAGAAGGAAAUCUCACAGACACAGAUAUUUACACACCCACAACACAGACAGAAUAUCCAUCUACCCAUAUAAAGGAGGAACCAACUUCAUGUGAAGAAGAAAAUCUCAGAGAUAUUUAUACACAGAUACAAAAUACACCAAAAGUAUAUACAUCUACUAUUAAUGAGAAAUUGACCUCAUUUGAAAAGGGGAAUCUCACAAAUAUUGACAUAUAUUCUCUCACGGAGCAUUCACAGACACAUAUCAACCAGGAAUCAUUGUCCUGCGAACAACUGAACAUCACAGAGGUGGAAUGUCAUAAAAUCACAGAACAUACACCGUUACCUAUUGAUGUGUAUAACAGUACUUCAAAGGAUGAAAAUAGCAUUCUGUCUCUAAUUCAAGACCAUGAUAAUGCAAAUUAUAACAAUAAUUUAAUUUAUGCUGCACACUUGAGGACAGACAGCAUGUAUAACUGUCCUGAGGUUUGCUUUACUAGUAAUGUGGAUUUCAGGAAACAUCAAGUUGUUCAUAAAGGAAAGAAACUGUCUUGUUCUGAAUGUGGAAAAAAAUUCUCUUUUAAAUCGCAGUUGAGUAGACACCAGAUAAUUCACUCGGGGGAGAAACCCUACUCGUGCAUUGACUGUGGGAAAUCGUUUGUUCAAAAAUGGAACCUUCUUCUACAUCAGAGAAGUCACACAGGUGAAAAGCCAUUUUCCUGCUCCGAAUGCAGGAAAUACUUCACUCAGAAGUCAAACCUCAUUAGACAUCAGAAAACUCACACGGGAGAGAAACCCUUCCAAUGCCUGGAGUGCGAUAGUCGUUUCAUUCACCGAUCUGAUCUUCUCAUACACCAGAGAGCUCACACUGGAGAAAAGCCAUUUGCUUGCACUGAAUGCGGUAAAUGUUUUUCUCAGAAGUCAGUCUUGGUUAAUCAUCAAAAGAUUCACACUGGUGAGAAGCCAUUUUCAUGUUCUGUGUGCAGGAAAGACUUCCUGCACAAAUCAGAUCUCAAGAUACAUCAGCGAAUUCAUACUGGAGAAAAACCGUUUGCUUGUUCUAUAUGUGGUAAACGUUUUAAGGUAAAGUCUCAACUCGUCUCGCAUCACAAAGUUCACAGAAUAGAGAAACCAUUCUCUAGCUCAGAAUGUGGUUAAUGUCAAACAGGGGUGUAGCGGAGCCCUAGUCCUAGCAGGGACUCUUCAUUCAAAGUACAAUCAGGCACAAGAAAAACACCAAAGGAAUAUCCCACCUCCUCCCCAGUAACUGGACGAUACACAUUUCUGGGAGUACAACUGAACUGAGGUUUAUUUGGUCACACAUGGCUUUUAUGCACAGACCCCUACAGGGGUUUUCCAACACAAUACAACAGGGGGGUUUCAAUCAGAGGGGUAACUAAAAAACACGGGGCCCCGGUGCGAAAAUUGCCCCCAUACAUCAACCUCCCAGCCCAUACUUCCCCAUCCCCCUACAUGUCCCUGACCCCCUCACACAUGCAGACAAACAGACAUGUAGAGAGACACGCACUAACAGACACUCAUAUACACACACACA